CGCCGCCCCCGCCGCGGCGAGGUACGUCGCGGUGCCGCCGUCCGACAUGGGCCGGGACCUCGGGCGCCUCCUCUCGAGCGGGGAGGGGGCGGACGUGUCGUUAGAGGUGGGCGGCGAGACCGUCGCGGCGCACCGGAGCAUCCUCGCCGCCCGAUCGCCGGCCCUCCGGGCUGAGCUCUUCGCCCCGGCCCCGGCGGGGCCGAGCGCCGCGGUCUGCGUGUGGAUCGAAGGCGUCGACGCUGAGGUGUUCCGGGCCCUGCUCCACUUCGUGUACACCGACUCCCUCCCGGAGCUGGAGGAUGACGUCCACGAGGCGACGGCCAUGGCGCGGCGCCUGCUCGCCCCGGCGGACAGGUACGGCCUGGAGAGGCUGAAGCUGAUCUGCGAGGACAAGCUCUGCGACGACAUCGACGCGAGCACCGUCGGGACGGCGCUGGCGCUGGCCGAGCGGCAUGGCUGCCAGGGGCUCAAGAGGGCGUGCCUGGAUUUCCUCAUGGCCGGCAGCAACCUGAAGGCGGCCAUCGCGACCAGGGGCUUUGAGCACCUGAGCAACAGCUGCCCGUCCGUUCUCAAGGAGCUACUUGACAAGGUCGUCGCUCUGUGACAUCUUCGUGAAUCUUGAAGGCCGCCGCAA